UGCACCGUGUUUGCCUCUAGAGUCGCCGUAGAUAUUAUUUUUCCUUGACCUGCUUGUCUUUUUCUAGGCAUCUUUCGUUAGUUGUAACUUGUAAGCUGUAUUUCAUUGCGAGAUCGACCGGUUUGCCACUUGUCCCCUCACAUCACAUUUAAGAAGGGUCGGUGUCAAUCCUGUCUGUUGAUGGGUGCUUCCAUUCAACAGUGCAAUCUUUUGAGCAAUCGGUCUAUUUUAACCAUUUAAAGCAACAAAAAAAUGGAUAAGAUUUCUCAAUCUAGACAAACUUAAUUAAUCAUUGUAACAUCUCAGUGAUGGAGGUUCUUAUAUAUCAACAAAGAUAAAUUAGACAGCCAGCUGCCACCCACAUCCCUCAUGUAAUAUACUCCCUCCGUCCUAAAUUACUUGUCACUGAAAUAGAUAAAAUUGAGUAUAUCUAGAACUAAAAUACAUCUAGAUACAGCAAUUUCUUUGACAAGUAUUUCAGGACGUAGGGAGUAUGUUUGACAAGAGCAUGGACGCGGCCGAUUGGUUGGUCUAAGGCGGUAUUUUAUUUUUGAGGAAAACGGCAGAACUCUGCUGUGUAUUUUUGUUGAGCAAGCACAAGAAACAAAAGGGUUGGCUACAGCAUGUUGCUAGCUAGCAUACAAUAAUACUCCCUCUGUCUUAUAAUAUAAGAACGACUUUUACAAUAGUGUAGUGUCAAAAACGAUUUUAUAUUAUAGGAUGAAGGGAGUAGUAUAUAGUAAGUGUAAAAUCAAUCCUACAGCCGGAAUAUAGUAAGUGGUAGGUGGAUAUGGGCUGCUUCACCGACUAUUGCUGACUUCCUGCAAAGAAAAAAUGAAUUAUUGCUGAGGAUGUUGCCGUCACCGGGGGGCGGCAGGUCGCUCGCCAAGAGAACGAGACGUCAAAACCACAUUGUAGGCCACGAUAGAAUAGGGACGGCCCGAAAUCGACGUGGCCGAACGGGCCACCACGCGCUGACGGAGCUGCACUGUUGCCGAAGCCGACGCCUUUGAGUGAAUGAAAUAAUGAGAGAGAGAAGGAAGAAAGAGAGAGUUUUAGCACUUCUAUAAAUGAACAUACGAAUAACUAGUUGGCUAAUCAUUUUUAUAUGGACAUAAACAACUAUCUGGUUAUAUCUAUGACUAGCAUGUACAUACGGAAGCCUAUAGCGUCAUGAUGUGAUAUGAUACUCCCUCAAUUCCACAAUGUAGUGCGCAUGCGCUUUCCGAGAUUUAAAUUUAACCAACGAGACCGACUGCAGCGGGAGCAAAAAUUAUGCCAUUGAAUUCGUACUGAAAGAGUGAAUUCAGUGGUAUAGUUUUUGUUUCCGCCGUAGUUGGUCUUGUUGUUUAAAUUUAUGGUUAAAUUUAAAUCUCGGAAAGCGCGGACGCACUACAUUGUGAAAUGGAAGGAGUACUCAAUAAUGUCAAUCGUGAGGCAGGUCAAGGAAUAGAAAACAAAGCAUCCGCCAAAAAAAAGAGCACAAAGUGUGGAUUUGUUAUUUAUUUUUGCGAGAAGUUUUUCGUGAAUAUAUUGGUACAAACAUAAACAAUACUGAGAGUCUGAGAGACAGCUAGCUAGUUGAAGAGGGAAAAAGCUAUAAAAUAGACAUCGCGUAUAAAGCUAGCAGCGCAAGUGCGCGGAUCACCCAUGUUGCGCAAGUUGAAUAAGCUGUGGUUGAAUAAAGUGGGUGGUACUCUCAAAAAAAAGGAAUAAAGUGGGUGGAAUUACAUGUAUGGGUGCAAUUUCGCACAUCAAAAUCCGGACAUUUCUCUUUCGCUAAAGUGAAAUUAUGGGCUCCAGAAGGUGGUGCUUUGCUUGCACCAUCUGCUACGUUGGAGUUUGGCCUUUUGAGGUUCAUGAGGUCGACACUUGUGUAUGUUGAAAAUCAUGCGUAUGUUACCACUAAUAAAAUUCUGUGGUCGACACUUGUGUAUGCACUUAGUAGAGUCAUUAUCACCUUCUGGCACCCAUAUGUUUUGAAGAACACUCCAAAAGGAAAGGGGUUCAACCUUUAUGUCUAGAGGACCCUCCAUGGAUAUUUUUCCUUGGCCUGCUUGUCUUGUUGUAAGCAGCUACUGUUAGUUGUAAGCGGUAUUUCAUUGCGAGACCGACCGGUUUGCCACUUGUCUCCCCACAAUUAAGAAGGGUCGAUGUCAAUCCUUUUUGUUGAUCGAUACUUUCAUUCCAUGUACUUUCUCUGUCACAUAAUGUAAGACGUUUUUUGACAUUACACUAGUGUCAAAAAAUGUUCUAUAUUAUGGGACGGAAAGAGUAACAAACAACAGUGCAGUCUUUUGAGCAACCUAUCAACCUUUACCACUUAAAGCAACAGAAAAGGUGGAUGAGAUUGCUCAAUCUACACUUAAUCAUGUUAACAUCUCAAUGGCGGAGGUUCUUACCAACACAGAUAAAUUAGACAGCCAGCUGUCACCACAUACCUCAUGUGAUAUACGUUAGAUCAUGCAAUAUAUUGUUAUGUUAGAUAAGGCCGGGCAUAGACGCGGUCGGUCGGUCCAAGACGGUACUACCAUAUACUAUAUGUCGGGACUUUCUUCUUCUCGGCGUCACCGUCGACUGCACCAAUGUCCAAAGCCAAGAUGGUUUCACCGUCGACUGAAACAGAAGUGUGGCAUCGCACACCCCACACCACAGCACACGUACUGUUGCAGCAGCUAGCUUGAAUAUAUUAUGGGCUGCUCUGCUGCAGCAGCUUGAAUGAAUUAUUGCUGAGGGUGCUGCCAUCACGUCAGGUCCGCACUCCACAGGUCGCUCGCCAAGAGGAGGAGACGUCAAAACCACAUUUGUGCGAUAGAAUAGAGACCGGCCGUGAAUCGACCUGGGCGAACGCACCGCCGCUCGCUACUGGAGUUGCACUGUUGCCGAAGGCGACGCGGUGCCGGUGAGUGGAGGAAAUAAUGAUAGAAAGAGAGAGUUUUGACAUUUUUAAAACAUGAACGUACGAAUAAGUAGUUAGUUAAUCAUUUUAAAUCGUACAUAUAAAUAAAUAGCUAAUUAUCUAUAACUAGCAUGUACGUACUGAAGCCUAUCGCGUCGUGAUGCCAUGUGACAUUAAAUAACGUCAAUCAUGAUUCAUGAGGGAGGUCAAGGAUGACAACGCAAAGUUCGGAUGCGAGGCAUAAUGUUUAGAUUUAUUUAAUUCUUGGUGAAACAUUUUUCAUGAAUAUAUUGGUGGAAACAAAUUAAAUAGUACCAAGAGAUAGUAAGUUGAAGAGCGAAAAAAAAAACUAUAGGAUAGAUAUUGUGUAGUAAAGCUAGCAGCGCAAGUGCGCGGAUCACCCAUCUAGCUCAAGCUGAAUAAGGUGUGGUUGAAUAAAGUGGGUGGGAUUUUGCACAUCAAAAGCUGGACAUUUUUCUUUUGCUAAAGUGAAACUAUAUAUGGACUCCAGAAGGUGGUGCUUUGCUUGCACGAUCUGUUGCAUUGGAGUCUAACCCUUUGAUGUUCAUGAGGUCGAAACUUGUGUAUGUAAAAAAUCAUGCGUAUACUACCAUUAAUAAAAUUCGGAAUCUACUCCCACCUUGUAUAAAUGCAAUCAAAUCUGCCAAGUAGACAAAAAUAUGAUUAACAAGAUAAUUAAUAGGAGGGAGCAGAAUUUGAUGACUCCAUAAACAAACGAUAUUAGGCACACAUACCUAAGCGAAAACAUAAUUUACUGCCCACAACUAAUUAAUAGAGUUGAUCAAAAUCGGACGUCCUUCAAUGGAGCUUGCCUUUCCAACGCCUCAAAUGUUUCUCUAAGCACUCUAGGACAUGUUCUCACACCGUAUUAGUGAGACAUCGAUAAUGGAUUGAAUUCCUAAAUGUUUAAUCAGGAAUUGGCUUUGUGUGCAACCAAUUAGGUCAGUGUGUUGUGCAUCCGCCUCUUUAGCUUCUCUGAAACAUAACGACUCGGUUUAAUGGAAGUUAAUCUAGAGACCUGACAUUUGCUCAAAUCUGAAAGCAAGAGUUUCAGAUUCCUAGCCUCAUCAAGGUCAAUGUUCCAUAAAAACAGGCAUCUCAUUGACUUUUAGCUUUUGAGGCUAGGAUAUCAUUUGCAUAUGCUUUCGCAUAUGUACAUGGGGAUAUCAUUCUCAUCCGUCGUAACUUAUGAGAUAUCAUCUGUUUGGGUCUCGCCGAGUGUGAAGUUCCCUCCAUCUGAAGCCCCAAACAGAGACUUAUAAUAUCCGGUGAUAUAUCGUUUCAACUCCAACUCUGCCUGACCCACGAUCUGUCUGGCAUCCAGGUUAAAAAUACGCUUCUUCCCAUGUCGCCCAUUGGUGACCAUAUGGAAACAUGGUGUAUUGUUAUCACACUCAAAAAGGAAUUGGGCUUUGGAUCUUUGGUACCACUUGAUUUGCUCUUUUCACAAUAGACGUGCAAUCUGCUCAUUGGAUUGAUUUUUUAUAUCAAUCUCCUGAUGAGACAAAGUGCAUGUCUCGGUGAUGUUAUCGAUGCCAUCAAGAAUAUUGGUAAGGUGCUGCUUUUUUUUACAUACCACUGGUAUGUUUCGCCCAUCCAAAUAGGAAUUGCCUAGUAGCCACGGUUUAAAAAUUCGAUGAAUAGGCGUCCGACAACGAAGUUAGAAUAGGCGUCCGACAACGGCGGGCCUUCCCAUACAUUCUUAAUUAAGUUUACAAAGUCAUCCCGUUGUAACCAUCCUAAUUCAAAUUUGAAUGGCCGGGGAGUAGCAGGGGAGCUAGUAGAGUUAGAAUCCGGAAUGAAGGGCACAUGGUCAGGAAGUGUCUCAAUAUGCUCCGGGGAGCAUGUACAGUCACGAGAGAAAACUUUAAUUUCCAUUCUGUGCAAUCGUCACAACAUUGUCAGCCUAACAUAUGUUGCGCAUAGAUCAUGGAAGAGCAACAAACAUGCAUGUGAUUGCUUUCCCAGUUGGCCAAUCGAAACCUGAAAACAAUAGGAAUGGUCAAUGGUUGCCGGGAGGAGUGCAUGUGGGUUAUCGCAAGAUAAGAGAGAGACCAGUCCAUGUCUAAAAUAAGGCUACCGGCGAGACCUGUAAGUAAGAUCACACCGACUAACAAGAAAAAUAUAUCAGAUGCCAAAAAUAAGGACCAUCACUUAGACUCCAGCACAUCCCUUCUCCUUGGAAGCAAGCAAGAUCAUGGCUUACCUGUCAAAAAUAACAGAGACCAUCGCGUACACUCUAGCCCAUCUUCUCCGUAGAAGCAAAAAAAUAAUGAUUGUACUAACAAGUGCACCCUAACUACUUACCAGUGAAGCAUUGGGUAUGAGAUUGUAAGAAAGCAAAUCCGGUGCUUGGAAGUAGUAGAAGGAAGGACUAGGACGAUGUGAUCAGAACGGGUUCUUGUACUCAACUAAUUGUCCCAUCAGGAGGGAGGGGGCGACCAGAUUGUAAGAGAAAUGGUUACUUGGUUAGUGGAAUAAUGCCUGCGGUGCAGAAUAGCACGAGGAUAACAUGCCCAACCGAAAGACAAGACCUUACCCUAGGUAGGCUUUGACUUUUGAGCCCCGCAGCGCACAUGUAUUGUGUGGAAGGAAGCCAAGCAACCAUACGUUGUACCUGUAUACGUCUGCAAACAAGCUACCUAGCUAGAGACGGAAGAGCCCAUCCCACCCCGACCACCUCUCCCCAUUUCAAAGUCGACAUCCUCUUCUUCCCCCUCCCUCCCCCUCUCUAUCUUCCAUCAGCCAGGGCCGCCAUGAACGGCAAGGGCGGAGACGGCGGGAGCGACCACGACGACAUGGACAUGCGGAAGCCGCUGCUGGUGAACACGGGGAGCUGGUACAAGAUGGGGUCGAGCCUCACGGCGGGGAGCUCCUCCAUGGCCAUCAUCUGCGAGUCCCACGUCUCCGCCUUGCUCUGCACGCUCAUCGUCGCGCUCGGCCCAAUCCAGUUCGGCUUCACCGGCGGCUUCUCCUCCCCGACGCAGGACGCCAUCACCCGCGACCUCGGCCUCUCCAUCUCCGAGUUCUCGGUGUUCGGCUCGCUCUCCAACAUCGGCGCCAUGGUGGGCGCCAUCGCCAGCGGCCAGAUGGUGGAGCACGUCGGCCACAAAGGGGCGUUGAUGAUCGCUGCUGUUCCUAACAUCCUCGGCUGGCUCGCCAUCUCCUUGGCAAAAGACACUACGUUUCUGUAUACGGGGCGAUUGCUUGAAGGAUUUGGUGUUGGUAUCAUAUCCUACACGGUGCCUGUAUACAUAGCAGAGAUUUCUCCUCGUAACAAGAGGGGCGCUCUAGGCUGUGUGAACCCGUUGUCUGUAACACUUGGGAUGGUGUUGGCCUAUGUGCUCGGCAUGCUUGUUCCUUGGAGGAUGCUUGCGCUGAUAGGAACCUUGCCAUGCACAAUAUUGAUACCUGGCCUACUCUUCAUUCCAGAAUCUCCAAGAUGGCUGGCAAAGAUGAACAAGAUGGAUGAUUUCGAAGCCUCUUUACAAGUUUUGAGAGGAUCUGAGACCGACAUCACCUCAGAAGUGAAUGAUAUAAAGACAGCGGUAGCAUCAGCAAACAAAAUGACGGCAAUUCGUUUCCAAGAGUUAAACCAAAAGAAAUUCCGCAUGCCCUUGAUACUAGGAAUUGGCCUGCUUGUACUACAACAGCUAAGUGGGAUCAACGCCAUACUGUUUUAUGCAGGCAGCAUCUUCAAAGCUGCAGGUCUUACAAACAGCAACUUGGCCGCAUGUGGACUUGGAGCUAUUGCGCUUCUUGCCACUGGAGCUACAACCUGGUUGCUAGACAGAGCUGGCCGACGGAUCCUACUUAUUAUCUCUUCUGCUGGGAUGACCCUAAGCCUUCUUGCAAUUGCCGUCAUAUUUUUUCUCAAGGACAACGUUCCGCAAGAUUCUGACAUGUAUUACAUAUUAAGCAUGGUCUCCUUGUUUGCUAUUGUGGCUUAUGUGAUCACCUUCUCCUUCGGUAUGGGUGCCAUUCCAUGGGUCAUAAUGUCUGAGAUCCUGCCGGUUAGCAUCAAGAGCCUGGCGGGAAGCUUCGCAACGCUCGCCAACUGGCUGACCUCCUUUGGGAUAACAAUGACAGCAAACUUGCUGCUCAGCUGGAGUGCUGGAGGCACCUUUGCGUGCUACACGCUCGUGAGCUCUUUCACGCUCAUGUUCAUCAUCCUCUGGGUGCCGGAGACCAAGGGAAGAACUCUCGAGGAGAUACAGUGGUCGUUCCGGUGAGCUCAGUCGGUAGUUUUCGCGGUAUAUGUCGGAAUUAUUCUUCAAGCCGGGCAUCGUCUUCUUUUUACUAGUCCGAUUGCUCGAAGAAGGCCAAUUAUACAAAAGAAAAGAAAAACUUUGUCGUCUGUAUAUUCCUGUACAGCCAUUGUUUCAGAUGACUCUGUAAAGGGGGCAUGUAAUUAUUAUGCUCUGUUUUCUUCUC